CCAACACUAUAGCGCACAGCUAUUAACAGCUGUCAAAGUGAGAAGUGCGAAGUGAAAACGUACAAAAAACUGUUUUGUCCCAGUUUAACUCCAUAAGGAAAAAAAGUACUUUCUCUAGCUAAUCGUUUGAACGGUGCAUUCGCCAUCAAUAACAUCAACCACCAGCAACACACCAACAUGGACUCGGAGGAGAGACCCCGUACACUGUCCCAGUACAAACGGUUUCGAACCAACGAUGAGGGGCGCAAAACAUUUACCUCCAUUGAUCAGAUAAGGACCGAAGCAUCGAUUGAACGCAUUUACGACCGGUACGAACAGUUGGUGGCCCUAGAUCCGACACUGCCCAAGCUGCACCGUGGGGACCAUGCGCGCUAUUUGCAGGUUUCACUCGAACGGUUGUCAACGGCAUACGAAAGUCUGGACAGCAGCCGGCCCUGGAUGGUGUACUGGAUACUGAAUGCGGCCAGCAUACUAAACCUGCGCUUUUCCCACGAACUAAUGGACCGGGUAGUUGAUUUCCUUAUCAAAUGCCGGUGCAAAGAUGGUGGAUUCGGUGGAGGACCCGGACAGGAUGCACAUCUGGCAACAACGUAUGCCGCAGUAAAUUCACUCUGUAUAAUUGGCACGGAAAAGGCUUUAAAUGCGAUCGAUCGACACACGCUGAAACAGUUUAUGUGGGCCGUACGGGAAAGUAAUGGCGCGUUCCGGAUGCACAUUGGUGGGGAGUUGGACGUGCGGGGAGCGUAUUGUGCCAUUUCGUCGGCGAAACUGUGUUCUUUCACGCCGGAAGAGGAGCUCAGGCUGUUCGAGGGAACGUCAAGCUGGAUAGCGGAAUGUCAAACGUACGAGGGUGGUUUCGGCGGUGCGCCAGAUCUGGAAGCGCAUGGUGGUUAUUCGUUCUGUGCCGCUGCUGCCCUUAUGCUGCUGGGCGGUGAGAACCAGUGUGACCUCAAUGCCCUACUACGAUGGACCAUGAAUCGUCAGAUGGCGUACGAAGGUGGUUUUCAGGGACGGACCAACAAACUGGUGGAUGGUUGUUAUUCGUUUUGGCAGGGAGCAUUGGUACCGAUCGUCCAAGGUCUUAUCGCACGCAAAGAAGGACAGCAACAGAUCAUGAAUGUGAGCCUCUUCAACCGCUAUGCGCUGCAGGAGUACGUACUUAUUUGUUGUCAAAGGCCGAACGGUGGCCUAAUCGAUAAACCCGGAAAGCCUGCAGAUCUAUAUCAUACCUGCUACACACUCAGCGGGCUGGCUGUAGCACAGCACUGUGAAACGCAUAGCUUACCGUUGGUGUUGGGAGAGGAAAGGAAUGAAGUGCUACCGACACACCCGGUACAUAAUAUUCCACCCAAGGCAGCGCUGGACGCUUACCGUUACUUUAUCGAGCUCGAUCAACCGGCAUCAGCUGCCGAUGAGCAUUGCAACGGAAAACAACAGACCGAUGUACCGAUGGAUGGUAGCUCCGAGAAUGGUUCCGAGCGUCAAUCAUCUUCACACAUGUCGGAAGAUAGCAGCAGUAACUACACGAGCAGCCGUGCAUCGGAAGAUUGAAUACAACCGAUAUCGGCAUACACCGAUCAAUUCGAUCGCAAACUAUCCAUCGUUAUUCGGUAUUCGAAGACCGACAACGAAUGGAUCAAUAAGCUCCACAGCCAAGCAGUCUCUGUAGAGAAAAGAACAAACAGGCCAAGACCAAUGACCUUUAAUAUAUAACAAAAAAAAACAGGAGAAGGAAGAUUUCUAAUUGUGUGAAGAGUAAAGAUAAUAUUUAAAAUUGGCUUAAGCUUCUUGUUCAAUUUUCUGAUUUAUUUAAAAAAAUAAAAUAAAGUUUGCCAAUAGUGCUUUACCACUUAAAAGAUGUAUAAAGAUGAACAUUGUACAUAUAAUGUUUGCCAAACAUUGUACACAUAAUAUUCAACGAAAGGGCGAACUUAGGAUUGGUUUGAUGAACAUAGUAAUUUAUGUAGUAAUUUUACUUAAAAAAUCGUCCAUACUAACAGCUUCUACUGUCUUUAAAUCUCAAAAAUGCAACAUCCAGGACGUACGAUGAAUGAGAACGAAACCCGGAGAAGCUAGUUGAACCGUUUGGCUAAUCGAACAUAUAUCGACGGUAGCAAAACCAGAGAAGGCAGGUUGCCGCCUCCGCGUGAAGAUCCUUUGUCAACAACCUGCUUUCAAAUCCCACACUCUCUAUUCUAAAGAAAAGAACAAAUCCCAAAGCUCAAUGAAAUACACAUAAGGAUGUUUUUUUAUAAAUAAAUCAAUGAUUUUAUUUUUGUUUUCUCUGCACUUCUUAGAAUGGCUUGUGAUUUCACGUAUCAUUUUUUUUUCUUUUCGUGUUGUGUUUUCGUUUUGUUUCACCUCUUUUCACACAAUAGCUUCAGUUUUCUUUUCUCUGUAUAUUUGCGCCAUAUCUCUCGAAAUGUAGAUCCAUUAUUAAUUGCAUGUUUUCCUCCCGCGUACAGCUAAUAUUUCACAUACACG